UGGAAAUCAGAAUCAGCGUUGAGAUCAAGAACAGGUAAGCUAACCAGCCAUGAAUUGUUCAAGGAAACCUAUCCCUGUGGGCUGGGAUGCUCACCUAUGGAGGGGUGUUGUAGUGGAGGCUGGAUUUAAGGGAAUAAGAGGGGCUGAGAGGGAUUUGGGAGACUUUUGAGAAGAAAAAUUGGUUAUUUGGAAUUUGUAGUGGGAGUAAGAAGCAGAGUGUGUGACAGAAUAGUACAGUUAAGAUAGCAAAUUUUGAUGAAGAUUAUGGGAGAGGGGACUCUAGGAGUGAGAGUAGCAGUGAUAAGAGAUGUAAGUGAGGGAUGAGGAUAAGAGAAGUAAUAUUUUGAUGUAGCAAAUGCUUUAAAGCAGCAGAAAAAGAAUCUUUUCACAUCGCCUAUCACUCUUCCACAUAAACCACCCUUAAAAUCGAAAUCAAUUAUACAUAAAGGGGCAAAAAUAAGGAAAUAAGUGGUACUCAGUAAAUUUCAUGCAUAGAAAGAAGCUGAGAGAAUCGAGCAAUUCUAAAAUUUCUCACAAUCCCUCGAUUUCAUUAAAUAAUAAGUAAUUUGAACAUUCUAAAAAGUAGGAUUGAAGUGACUAAGGAGAAGAAUUAUGGAAAUUUCUUUCAAGGGCCUUUAACCACCACUGAUCCAAGUGCAAAUAUCUUCGAGUCUCCUUCAAGAUUUGAGUAUGUCUACUUCUAAUGCUUUAGUCAGCACAUGAGAUCAAAGGUGGUCCAGCCAAAAAAAAUAAAUAUAAAAUUACCUAAAAUCAACAGAAGACUAAAUAACUCUUUAAGGGUAGUACAGAACGAAUAUGAAGAAGACAAACAAACUUUGGGAGACCUCGACUCACAGUCUUCGCUCAUUGCAAGGAGAAUAAUUGGAAAAAAUAAAUCAAGCAAAGGAACUAUGGCAGGCAAUUCAUUUGAUAUGGCUGACAAGAUGAUACAGAAAUAUUCAGUGAUCCUCUCUUCUUCAUCCAAUAUUUCAGGAAGAAGAUCUGAAGCAAGGACAGAAUUAAGAGACCCAAAUUAUUCAAUGAGGCAUCAAAAAUCUGAAGCACCUUCUGACCUUCUCUGGGGUGAAGCAAGGGGGAAAUAAGUCUCUAGGAAUCAAGAAUAUUGAACUGUUUAGAAACAAUGGUAUGGACGAGCAAUGGCAAUGAAAAUAAGGAGACAAUUAUUGACAGGAGUAAGAAACUGAUGUUACAUAAUCAGCCAAGUUUACAUGAUGGGAAAGGGGGGAACAACUUCAAAGUUCUCAAGGAUGUUGGACUGAAGGAGACUUUGUCUUCAUCUCCAAAUCCUUUACAUCGAAAUCGCAAGUCUUUAGUUCCUUAAUC